CUAUAUAAAGAAACCCUUGGAGACCAGACACUCAUCCGGCUUUGUCCUGAGUUUCUACUGCAAGCAGAACUCAAGCUCAUCUCAAACCUAGCCACCAUGUCUCUGACCAAGACCGACAAGACCAUCAUUGUCACCAUCUGGAACAAGAUUGCCCCACAGGCUGAUUCCAUUGGUACUGAGACCCUGGAAAGACUCUUUUUCAGCUAUCCCCAGACCAAGACUUACUUCCCCCACUUUGACCUGAGCCAUGGCUCAGCCCAGCUGCAUGGCCACGGCACCAAGGUGGUCAACGCCAUUGGGGAUGCUGUUAAGAGCAUUGACAACAUUUCAACUGCCCUGUCUAAGCUCAGUGAACUCCACGCCUACAUCCUCCGAGUGGAUCCUGUCAACUUCAAGCUCCUAUCUCACACCUUCCUGGUCACUGUGGCUGCUCGAUUCCCAGCUGACUUCACUGCAGAGGCCCAUGCUGCCUGGGACAAAUUCCUCUCCAUUGUGUCUUCAGUCCUGACCGAGAAGUACAGAUGAGCACCCGGAUCUAGAGCUCUGGGAGGACAGAAGGGGCUGGGUGGUCACCCACCCCCUACCCUGGUCCAGGCACCCUUCCCUUUGGUGCCUUUCCUACAGACUUGUCCUCUAUGACCCUCAAA